AUGCGCGGGGCCCCGGCAUCAUUUCCAGUGACCGAAAGUGACAGCCAUUUGCAGAAGUACUUGGAAUUUUCUGAAAAACUCGUUAAGGAGCUCAAGGACAUUCUGAAGAAGUAUUUCAAUGGGAAGAGAGAUUACGUCGGCAUCCAUCUCAGAAACGGUGAGGACUGGAAAAACGCUUGUGAUCAUGCCGAAUUGGCACCUAAAUUCAUGGCAUCCUAUCAAUGCGUUGGCUUUGAUUAUCAUAAAAAAUUUACGAAGGAUAUGUGCCUACCUUCAAAGGAUUUGGUGUUAAAUCUGACCCGUCAAAUUGUCCUAAAGGAAACGAUCAGUAAUCUUUACAUUGCAACGGACAAAAAUCCGUUUUUGGAUGAAUUCAAAAAGCUACUGCCUGGAGUGAAGGUUGUCCACCAUAAUCCUCAUUUACCGAUCGUUGAUAUAAUGGUUUUGUCGGAGGCGCGAUAUUUUAUUGGUACCUGUGGAUCGUCGUUCAGUUCUCUGGUGUGGCGUCACAGAAGAGAGUACAAGAAAGGUCCAAGCGCAAUGUUCAUCGCCGAUGCUCUUAGCAGUUCGCCCAUUUACGGUGAUCGUAGCUCAAAUUCUGAUGAACUAUAG